UCGGCACGUCCGUCGAGCAAUGGAGCCGGAGUUGAUCCAUUCGUGGUCCGCGCCCAGGUCGCUCAGCACCAGCCUCAUGUACUCCUUCGCUCAGAGGGAUGACAUGGAAGUGCUUGAUGAACCUCUUUAUGCAAAUUUCCUUCGGGCGACAGGUGUAGAUAGGCCUUACCGGGAGGAUCUUUUGUCCAAAACGGAGUCUGAUGCCAACAAAGUUGUAAAAGAUAUCAUAUUUGGUCCUGGGAGCAAGAAAUACCGUUAUUGUAAGCAUAUUGCAAAGCAACGGGUGCCUGGUAUUGCAAAUGAUCUGAUGAAGAAAGGAAAGCAUUUCAUAUUGAUUCGUAGUCCCAUGGAUAUAUUGCCAUCCUUUGACAAGAUCACUCCUCCAUCCUUUCUCGAGAUAGGCCUGGCAGAGUUAGUCUCCAUAUAUAGUCAGCUGUAUGAGCUGGGGAAUCCCCCGGCAGUUGUUGAUGUUGCAGAUCUGCAACAGGAUCCUGAGGCUACUUUGCGUGGUCUUUGUGAAGACUUAGAUAUUCCUUUUCAAGCUGCUAUGCUCAGAUGGGAAGCUGGUCCAAAGCCUAUAGAUGGCAUAUGGGCUCCAUGGUGGUACAAAAGUGUACACAAGUCUACACGCUUUGAUCCACCUAAAAAGUAUCCCUCGCAAUUCCCGAUGUCCCUAUAUUACUUGCUGGAGCAAAUUUUACCUUUUUACAACCUGCUCAAACGCCAAGUGAGACGAAGAUCAUCACAGCCCACCCCUGGUCUUCCAGUACCAGCUAAUGAAAAGCUACUUGCUUGGGUUGGUGAUGAGAUCCUCCCGCGUGACAGUGCAAAGGUUUCUGUCUUUGAUUCAGUAGUCCAAGGUGGUGAUUCAGUGUGGGAGGGUCUUCGAGUUAACAAUGGGAAGAUUUUUAAACUUGAAGAACACUUGGAUAGGUUGUUUGACUCAGCCAAAGCUCUGGCUUUUAGCAAUGUUCCGACACGUGAACAGGUUAAGGAUGCGAUCUUCAAGACUCUUAUUAGGAAUGGGAUGUUUGAUAAUGCACACAUUCGUUUGUCUCUAACGCGUGGCAAGAAGGUUACUUCUGGCAUGAGUCCUGCUUUCAAUCUUUAUGGUUGUACAUUAAUAGUGCUCCCUGAAUGGAAACCCCCUGUAUAUGAUAAUAUACAUGGAAUUACUCUGGUAACAGCCACAACACGACGCAACUCGCCCAACAACUUGGAUUCCAAGAUUCACCACAACAAUCUUCUGAAUAACAUACUUGCGAAGGUAGAAGGGAACAAUGCAAAUGCAGAUGACGCCAUCAUGCUCGACAAGGAUGGUUAUGUGUCAGAAACAAAUGCUACGAACAUUUUUUUAGUAAAGAAAGGGCGUGUUUUGACACCUCAUGCUGAUUAUUGCCUUCCUGGCAUUACCCGAGCAACUGUCAUGGACCUAGUGGUUAAGGAAAAUCUGAUCUUAGAGGAACGGAGAAUUAGCUUAUCAGAAUUCCACAUAGCUGAUGAGGUAUGGACAACAGGCACCAUGGGAGAAAUUAGUCCAGUUGUCAAGAUUGAUGGACGGGUAAUUGGUGAUGGAAAAGUAGGUCCGGUAACUCGAAGGUUACAGGGUGUGUACAAAAAUCUGGCGGGAGAAUCCGGAGUGCCUAUACCAACUGCCAAAUAAUCAAGCUGGACUUGAUAUAGAUCACUUUGUCUCUCUCUCUCCCUCUCUGCACAAAGACAUUCACUUCCUGUUGUUUUACUGUUGAAUGUGUCUUGGAACAAACUUGCUGCACAUUACAUGCUCACUUCGAUUGCAAGUCGGGCAGAGGCAGAUCCAACCAUUUGUGUCCUCCCGAGAAUAUUGUCUAGUUACAAAAGCUGACUUAGGCGAACUAUGAUCCUCAUAUUCAGAUCGAUUGAAGGAGUUGAUGAAGCUUGCUGUC